UGCAUAAGCCUCAGAGCCUCAUAUCUGAGAAGAAAUUAACUAGAAGUCUAAAAGCUUGAACUUCAUGGAUCACAUGUUUCAUGGGUUGGUUCUGAUAUCUAUAUAGAUCAUGUCCUUGUCUGAUUAGAACCAUAGUUAUUGAUAUUUUUAUUUUUCUUGCUUUGAUACAUCAAACGGUGGGAUUUAAGCUAAAGUAGUGGGACACGUAUUAAAUUCAUAUUAAUCAAGUGUAAAACAUUCAAUUCAUGUGUUAAUAAUCCAACAGUUAGUUUAUAAACAUCCGGUCCCAUUUGGUGAAUUAUUGAAUGAUGAGGUGGGUCCUCUUGUUUGGUGUAUUUCUUUAUUCUAGGUUGAAGCAACAUAAUUGCUCUGAACUUUAUGUGAUCCUUCUUGUACAUGUUGUUUAUUUCGUCAAGUUUUUGUAUGCUAGUGAUAUAUGUACCUCUUCUUUGCUUGUUUCUUCUCUUUCUAGUUAGUUAAAGAAGGCCUGUUAAAAUUUCCGGAGCAGAUCUAUGGACUUCGAGCAAUAUUUUGCCCGAGAAUGGAAAUCAGUUUCGAGUGCAGCACCUGGCUCAGAAAAUUUCAGUGGUUGCUUUGACUGCAAUAUCUGCUUUGAAUUUGCACACGAGCCAGUAGUCACUCUUUGCGGCCACCUGUACUGCUGGCCUUGCAUCUACAAAUGGCUUCACGUCCAGAGCACUUCGCUUGCAUCCGAUGAGCACCCACAGUGUCCAGUCUGCAAAGCUGACAUAUCCCACACCACCAUGGUUCCACUCUAUGGCCGUGGCCAAGCCCCAGCUGAAGCCGAGAUUGAAAUCAAGGGGGCCUCUCGAGGCAUGGCCAUACCGCCUAGACCAUCAGCUUGCGGUGCUCUAGCAUUGGUAUCGACAGCACCUCAUGCCGGUCAGCAACUCGCAUACCGUAACCCCUAUCAAAAUCAAAAUUUUACUUCCGAUCCAUACAGCAGUUUUCAAGACGGUACUCCGUCGCCUUUAGUUAACCUAACCGGUUCCCCUCACCCAUUUGCUGCUAUGCUCGGGGAGAUGGUUUACGCAAGGGUUUUCGGCAACUCUGAGAGCUUAUAUGCCUAUCGAAACUCGUAUCAUCUAAUGGGAAGCAAUAGCCCUCGGUUGAGACGGCAGGAGAUGCAGGCAGAUAAGUCAUUGAACAGAAUCUCAAUUUUUCUCUUCUGCUGUUUCCUUCUAUGCCUGAUCGUAUUCUGAAUAUUAUUGGACAUUAUUCAUUAGGCAUUGUGCGAUUUGUAUAGUUUGUAAAAAAAGUGUCGGAUGUAAGGCUGUGAAACAUGAUUAGAAUGAGAUAUAGUAAUAUUAAAGAGUCCUAUAUACUAUAUACCAUGUUUAGGCUUCCAAUAUUGUUGGUCGUUGAGCUUGCUCGAUUCACAUGAGCCUCAAUGGGGGCAGGUAUUGCCGUGUACAUAAUUAUUGAUUUAUGGCAUAUGAUUAGUCUCUAUAUCCUUGUGAGCUGAAUACUUAUAUAAGUCAAUUUUACCUUAUUUUGAUAAUUUA